CCUUCGACGGACCUCCACAGCACGCAGGAAUUGGAGCAGGCCGCUAGGCAAGAAGAGGUGUUGGGGAAGCUUGACAAGAUUGUGAAAGAGUGGGUGAAGGAGUUGGCUAUUCAGAGAGGCCAAAUCGACGCAAAUGCCGUGCUUUUCACCUUCGGGUCAUACCAUCUAGGGGUUGAUGAACCUGGGGCUGACAUAGAUACUUUAUGUGUUGGACCAAAGUAUGUGAACCGUGAGGAUUUCUUUACUAUACUAUGUGGAAUACUGGCACAAAUGGAAGAAGUGUCUGAACUGCAACCUCUCCCUGAUGCACAUUUCCCUGCUAUGAAAUUUAAGCUCCACGGAAUAUCAAUUAACCUUCUUUAUGCCAAUGUUUCUCUUGCAGUAGUGCCAUCGGAUCUGGAUAUCUCUCAAAAUUCAGUGCUUUAUGGCGUUGAUGAAGUAAAUCUCCUCAGUCUUAGCGAGUGCAGAGUGGCAGACCAAAUUCUUGAUCUUGUUCCAAAUAUCGAGAACUUCCGAACAACUUUAAGGUGUGUGAAGUACUGGGCGAAAAGAAGAGGUGUUUGCGUUAAUGCCCCUGGUUAUCUCAGAGAGGUCGAUUGCGCUGUGAUGGUUGCGCGUAUCUGCCAGGCCUACCCUAAUGCUGCGCCGAGCACGCUGGUCACGAUGUUCUUUAGCAUCUUCGGCGAGUGGUACUGGCCGAACCCGGUGAUGCUCUGCUCCAUUCAUGAAGAUUGGGAGCUUGGUUUUCCCGUUGGGAUGCACGCUUCAACGGUGAAGACCGGUCGCAUGUCAUGCCCAUCAUUACCCCGGCGUACCCGUGCAGAAACUCGACCGUGCAUGUUUCGGCAACCACGCUGGGGGUCAUGAAGGAGCAGUUCCAGAUUGGGAAUGAAGUCUGCCAGGAAAUCGAGAUGAAGCAGGCUGACUGGGCUGAUCUUUUUGAGCCGCUCGGUGAUCCCCCCAGCAGUGAAACGGCCGUUUCGUGCUGAUAAACCAUGGCCGUUGACAAAAGAAUCCUAAAUUUUGUUAAUGGUUUGCAAGUAUCUAGGAAACUACUAAACAACACCAUGCCGUGGACACCAGAAUCCUAAAUUCAGUUAAUGUUUUGCAAGUAUUUCUGAAGCUAAACAAGACCUUACUGUGUGGGUGCAUACCUUGUUUUGCUUAGUCUGAGAGCAGAAUUAGAUUAUCCUGGAAGUAGCUUCUCUGAUUAUUCAGAAAUACUUGACCUGCCAGUUAUGUCAUUUGGUUACCGUGAUGUUCAGCUGAUGCUAGUUGAACUGAACUUCGAUGAUCUCCUCAAGAGGGUUGCGCUGUGAUGAACCAGCGGAUGUGCAAUUACUGUGGACCGUCAUGCUUAUCAAUACAACUAUUUAAAUCAA